CCGGCGCUGGACGACUCGUCUCCCGCAAGUCCUCCUUUCGAGAAGCCAGUCGCCCUCGGUUCAUUUGACCGAUGAGGAAUUGUCUCAUUGAAGCAAAUAUACCCCUUUCGAAUCCAAAUUAAUUCCUUUCCCUGCCUGAAGUCAGGGUGCAAUUGGUGCAGUAUGUCCGUCCUCCGCACCAGCCGGACUGCCAGCGUGCAGGUCCGUGGCUUCGCGACUUCACCAAAUCUUCGAGUUGGUCCCGAGUCCCCUCACUUCAUCGACGUCCCUCGAAUCGUUCAGGCUAGCAAUCCCGCCAAGCCUCGCGUCAAGGGUACCCUCCCUGUUCCCCGCGAGCUGUUCCCGGCUCGUCGUACCGACAAGCCUCGCAAAGCAUACCUCGAUGCCGUGACACCUCUUCCCACGACCGAGCGUACCGUCAAUCCGAAAAGUAGCGACCCCGAGAAGCAGGCCUUCAAGCUGAAGAUGGCGGUUUUGCGGCGCAAGAAUCUGCGGGAAGGUCUGCAGACACUGUACAAGCGGAAGCAAGUAGCCGAGGAGACCAUGUUCAACCGAAGUCUCGAAAACCAGAGGCGACGUGAGCGCGUCCUUCAACAACCGGAGCCGGAAGAUGAGCGCUUGACUCGGCCAUCCGUCGUUUCCGCAAUGCAGCCUCAGCCACACACAAUCCUGGCGGACCCUAACCGGGAACAGACUUCGGUCCUUUCGCGUGCGCGGAUGGAGGCUAAGCAGGCCGAGAAAGAUGCGCUGCGCCGUGAUCACCUGCAGUCUCUGUAUAUGAACGCCCGUACCUUCAUCACUACUGAAGAGCAACUUGCCGCUGAGAUCGACCGCGCGUUCCCCGAGGGCGAGAACGAGGCUUGGCGCAACGAUCACCAGCACGGCGAGAAUAUUUGGAACCUGGGCAUGCCGCCUACUGUUCAGUCCAUCGUCAACGAAACUCGGAAGAGCGAGACUGCUCGCUGGGAUGUCACUCAAGACCGGGUCAAGAAGCUGGGCGAGCAGAUUACUGGAGGCAAGCUGUGAUGUGACGUUGUUUGGUAUUUGAGGAGAUCAUGUACAAUAUUUUUUGAGCCACUGCAUUUGUUUUCUGUGCAUUUUACCCUACGUCGGAUGGGAUCUUCAAUAUAACCUCUUAUGAGCUGUAUAGUAUAUCGAUCACCUUGAACACUCAUCUAAGACGCGGGCGUAUACGUGGUGCCGAACAGACGAUGCUUAGCGUUGCUUAGCGUGGGUCGACGAGGCUGGCAGAGUCCAAACAUGCUCUCCCUCGCCUGCUUUAAACAACAAUCACGCCCGGUUAUAUUCCUUCUACUCAGUCCUCUGCACCCCACUCGCAUUCCAGUCAUACCAUCCGAAGCGAAGAGAUCUGAUGGUACCAGGAGGAUAUUCAGAGCAUCAAUGCUGAUUCAGCAACUCCUCGAGACUUCAAGUGGCCUGGCACCUGACUAGGUCCUACCAAAUGUUCUGUCUAUGUGAGAUAAGGCAUUUGAUAUUUAUUAUUACGAUUGCAUCAGCUAGAUGAAGUUUUUCUCCUUCAAUCUGUCACGUAUGCCUUUCUGACU